AUGUCACAAAUCAAUACAGAAGGUUGCACUUUGACAACUUGUCCCAUGGACUGGGCCUAUAUCAAGUACCUCCCCAACGUUCCUGCCAACGCCUUUUUCCUCGCCCUGUUCGGCGUCCUGCUGGCUGUACAACUUUUGUUUGGUAUACGAUUUAAAACAUGGACCUAUACGGUGGCAAUGGUACCGGGGCUCAUUCUCGAAGUACUGGGAUAUGUCGGACGAGUCAUGAUGCACAAUAAUCCGUUUAACUUUACCGCCUUCCUCCUGUACCUCAUCCCCCUCACCAUUGCUCCCGCCUUCUUCACCGCUGGUAUCUACCUUUGCCUUGGAAGAAUCGUCAUCAUCUACGGGGAACAAAUCUCCCGAAUCCGCCCGCGUACCUAUACAAUUAUCUUCGUCUCUUGCGAUAUACUUGCUUUGAUUCUCCAGGCAGCAGGUGGUGCAAUCACUUCCAUUGCACAGUCUGACGAACAAAGCCUAAGCGAUGCCGGUGUCAACAUUAUGAUUGCAGGUUUGGCUUUCCAGGUCGCGUCGCUGACACUGUUCAUCAUUCUGGCUGGAGAGUUUGCCCUGCGAGUGCGCCGUAGUCCAGAAGAGACCCGGAACGAGGCCACAGACUCUCUACGUCAUAACUGGAAGUGGAAGAUGUUCUUGUUGGGUCUCGCCAUCGCCAUUCUGACGAUUUUUACCCGAUCGAUCUUCCGUGUCGCAGAGCUCAAGGGUGGAUUCGACAGUAGCUUGGCAAAUGAUGAGGUUGCUCUCAUGGUUCUGGAAAGUACCAUGAUCGCGAUCGCCUGUAUCAGCAUGACCGGCGCGCAUCCCGCAGUGGCUAUGGGACAUCGCUGGAAAGAGUUUACUGUGAAGCCGCGCAAGAAUGUGAUUUCCGAAGAGCCCAAGACCUCGCUCAGUGGGUCAGGCUAUACCAGUGAAAUUUAG